GGCGUGCGGAAUAUUUCAACGGCGCUACGCAGCUAUGCUAGUCAAGUAGCCGCUAAGGAAGAGGCCAAAUAGUCGCUGAGAGGAGCAGAAAUCUGCGUUGACUCAGUGAUGUAGAGGAAAGCGACUGAGCUGGUUUUAAAGACACUAACAGAACCCAUGACCCUGACACGAGGUUCGUUCACCUACUCCAAUGGCGAGGAGUAUCAUGGCGAGUGGAAAGAAGGUCUGCGUCACGGUCUUGGUCAGCUGACCUUCAGCGACGGAACGUACCACACCGGACAGUUUGAGAACGGCCUCUUCAAAGGCUGUGGCGUGCUGGUCUUCCCUGAUGGCUCCAGGUAUGAAGGUGAAUUUGUGCAGGGGAAAUUCCAAGGUGUUGGUGUCUUUACUCGCUUUGAUGGAAUGAAGUUUGAGGGGGAGUUCAGAAGUGGCUGUGUGGAUGGCUACGAUCUCAUCAUCAAGAGUCGUCUAAGAAAAACUUCCUUUCAAAGAAAUAAUCCCCGAGAUAAUAAUUCAGAAUAAAGCCUGUUUCAUACCAGUGCAGCUGUUGAACCAGUGUUUCAGGUUGUUGUAACUAACUGCCGGUUCACAAUUCACAAAGUGAAUUUAGCUGCCAGUUCACCCAUUGGUCUACUAUGCAAAUAUCACUUGAGCCACGUUGAGGUACAAGUUAAGAAUGGAACUGUUAUUUGAGCCAGGGAUGUAGUAUGGAAAAAAUGGUUUGAGCCAUCGCCAUCCAAAUUGUUGGAGCUACAUUCACCCAGUGGCCUAGUUGGCAAAUAUCACUUAAACCACCUUGAGCCAGAAGUCAAGAAUGGAACCAGAGACUUGAGCUAGAGUUGUAAUAUGGAAAAACUGAUUGAGCCAUCUCCAACCAAAUUGUUGGUGCUACCUUUACUCAGUGGUUUUGUUGGCAAAUAUCACUUGAGACAAGGAUUUAGGAUGGAAAAAUCGCUUGAAACAACUUCAUCUAAAUCUUUUGAGCAACCUUCAGUGCUCAAUUAGCAAUGGUCCAAUUAGCAAAUAUCACUUGAGCCACCUUGAAACCAGGGAUGCAGUAGACAAGGGUCUAGAAUGUAAAUAUCACUUGACUCACUUUGAGACAGGGGUCGAGAAUAGGGAAAAAUAAUUUGAGCCACCUUGAAACAAUGGUCUAGGUAGCAAAUUCAUGGCUACUUUGAGCCAUGAAUUUUUCUAUCCUACAUCCGUGACUCAAGGUGGUUCAAGUGAUAAUUGCAUAGUAGACCACUGGGUGAAGGUAGCUCAAGGGAACGGGCAGCUAAGUUCAUGUUUUGAAUUGCAAACUGGCAGCUUGCUUCACCAGUCUGGUGCUUCUGGUUUUCUGUUUGCAUUAUGUACAAACAAUCCUAAGCCAAGAAGGUUCUUUUUCAAAAGUAUAUCUGAUGCAGACUUCCCACAUUUUCCACCCUAGUGUGUGUGUGUGUGUGUGUGUGUGUGUGUGUGUGUGUGUGUGUGUGUG